AUGCCCAGACUCAUUCUCAUUCUUUGUAUCCCAGCGGCUAACUCUUGCGCUUGGAACGAAGGGCCUGCCUCGUCGCCCUUCAAGGCGGGUACAAGUAGUCGCCGGUUCCGAGAUCCAAGUUUAUCAAGCUCUCCGGUUGCUCGAGGCGUCGAGUCAAUGUGGAGAGCAUUCCUUGCUCAUUGGUACGACGUCAUCGCGAUGGCUAAUUGGAGAAUGACGAGGCGAGGCCGCUGGGAGAAAUUUGUCCAUGGGAGGAUGGACAGCAUGACGGGACGGGACUACGGUUUCGAGAUCCUCGACAUCCGCUCAUAUAGUGGACCACGGACCGAAGAGAAGAGGACGCCGUCAGACGACUCGGACGGUGGCGGCUUCGUUAGAUAA